AUGGAUGAUGCAAUGCCGUUUCAGUCCGGCGGUAUUAAGGAGGUCGUAUAUGAGAACACCUACAUUACAGACCCCGAAGGCUACGGACCCAAUACCAAAUUCGAACGACAUAAAGUCCAGGCGGUUCUCAAGCAGGUGCUUAAAGAGCGCAUCGAGAAGCAAAAGUAUGACCCGGUAAAGGGAGCGCAAAUAUCCAAGCAGCUGUCAGACGACUUACGGGAGAAGGUGAAAGCGUUGGGAUAUGACAGGUACAAGCUCGUUAUCCAGGUCACGGUGGGGCAGAAGCAGGGCCAAGCUAUGCGGAUCAUCUCGCGCUGCCUGUGGGAUACGCAGUCAGACAACUUCGCAUCGGAGUACUACGAGAACGAAAGCAUGUACUGCGUCUGCCAAGUCUACGGGUUGUAUUAUGAGUAG